ACUCGACCACCCUGCUCCCUCAUGUUCUCAUCCUUCAUCUCCUCCCCUUUACCGCCCUCAGUUUACCCAGGAGAUCGCAUCCCAUUUCCCUUCCCAGGGCAAUUCAUGCAGCCCUCUUAGGGUCCCCCUUGUCUUACAGGCUGGAAAGAUGGCUCAGUCAAUACAGUGCGCACCCUGAAAGCCUGAGCACCCUAGUUCCAUCCCCAGCAACCAUAUGAAAGCCGGAUGCAGGAGCUUAUAGCUUCCGGUGCUGGGAGUGGGUGGGGAUGGGCAGGAGUAGACAGCCCCCUGCGGUUGGCUGACCGACAGCCUCAUCAAAGCUGCAGGCUCCAGGUUCAGUGAGAGAUUGUCUCAAAAACUCAGGUGGACAGUGACUGAAGAAGGUACCCGUCAUUAACCUCUGCACAUACCGCACAUGUGCACACAAACAUAUACAUACAUGUACCCACACAUCCAUUAAAUAAGUCUGUCAUAUGGAGGUAACGGGGUAACUGAGACUUCAACAAUGACUUUUAUUACAGGAAUACUGUGAAAACCAGAAUUAGGAACUACGGUAGAAAAGUAAACAGAUUAUUUUAUAGCUAUAUGGUGGGAUAAUAAGGCCACAUUUAAAGUGAUGAUGGUGUAAUGUAUAGAUAGAUUUGAACAUAUGUGUAUGUGCGUAUAAAUUAAUCCUGUUAUUUUUUCCCUCUUCCUUCCUUUCUAUCUUUCUUUUUCUUUUUUCUUUUGGUAAGACAGGAUCUCUGUGUGUAGCCCUGGCUGUUCUGGAACGUGCUCUGUAGGCCAGGCUAGUAUGUGUGCCACUACCACCCCAUCCCCAAUCCUGAUUAUUUUUUUAAUGGUAAAAUUGUGUUAAUUUCUUCUUUAAAGAGCUCAGCAUUUUCUAAAUUUACCUACAAUAGCAUGGAUACAAAAUCUGAAAAAGUCUGCAACUGAAAAUUCUUAAGAAAUAAAACUCCACUUGUGUUUCUGCCUAAUUCUUGAUAAGGAGCAGAAACAACUGAUACUCUACUGCAGUGAUUCCACAUCAGUAACAUUUAUUUUUGUGUCAUGCAUUUUUCAUUGUGUUUAUUACUCACAGACCUUUAAAUGACUAGACAAAUUCACACUGAUGAAAAACAAUGAAGGAAAAAAAUGUGCUAUCAUAAUUCCGGUCUGCAUUAAUAUUUUCCAAGAGUUAUUUUGGGAGAGAUUUGAGGGUAGAUAUUAAGGGAGGAAAAUUCCUUCCCUCAUUUCCUCUGAACUUGACUGAGUUACAUUUUUCCUCUUGCCCCCUUUGAAAAUAUGUGUAUGUGAUGUGCCUGCGUGUGUGUGAGUGUGUGUGCCUGAGGUCGAUGCUGUGAGUCUUCCUUGAUCACUCACCACGAUGUCUCAUUUGAACCCAGAGCUCCUCUAUGCAGCUUGCUUAACUAGCCAUUUUGCUCUUCAGAUCCUGUCUCUGCCUUCUGAGUGCUGCAAUUAUAGGUGGGAACCACCCCCACCCGGAGGGGGAGCUGAAUGCUGGUCCUCACGCACAAGCAAGCACUCAGCAGAAGAAAAUGUUCAAAGUAAAAAAAAGCCAAGGGGAAGAAGAUGGCCACUGUCCCUCCAUCAUGAAGAAGCAAGAGGCCCAAAACAUGAACGGAUUAUGGAAAUGGAAAAUGAAGAAGAAAAAUGGGAGAAACUGGAUGCAGAAUUUGAUCACUUUGUGGUAGAUAUGAAGCCUUUUGUUCUAAAAUUACCCCACAGGUCAGAACGGCAGAGGUGUGCUCUUUGGAUCAGAAAGCUGUGUGAGCCCUCGGGAACAGGUGCAGGACUCCUGGGUAGGAGGAACCGGAACCUGUAUGCAAAGCUGUUACUGCACAUGCUUAGGCGAGGAGUCCUGGAAGGCCCUUUUACACACCGUCCUGAGUCAGGAACGCUAAAAACAUUACCAUCAUAUAUGUCCAUCUAUUUUGAUGAACCAAAUCCAGCACAACCAAAAGGUUCAAGCCCAGAGAAAUUACCAGACUGGGUGGUGGGCGAGCUGGAGCCAGGCGAACACAGAUUGAGUGAGUCAUGGCAGUUUUCUUCUGGAGAAGACAGCUCGGUGCUGCUGUCGGCAGGUGGUGUCCAAAGUAGAGAGGAGUACACUGGAAAGCUCCAAAUGAGGUCCCAGUCCAUGAGUCCAACUUACAGAGAAGACAGACAACAUAUUACUUCAAAUAUCUGUGAAGUUCAUUCAAAAAAAUCUCCUGUUUCUUUGGAUGACAGUGACAUUGAAGCUCGCCUGAAUAGUUGGAAUCUUGGGAUAGAAAAUCCUCGGUACCUGAGACAGAAGCCUCUCCCAGUUUCUCUGAUAACUUCAAAGGUCAGCCUGAGAAAGUCUAGCAGUCUUCAUGAUGAGCAUUUUCUCUCUCGAAUGCACGAGAAAGAGUUGGACAUGAAAACAAAAAUGAUGGAAGCAAAGUUUUAUGAAGAAAAACUUAAGCUGCAACAGAAACAUGAUGCUGAUGUGCAGAAGAUUUUAGAAAGAAAGAAUAAUGAACUAGAAGAUUUGAAAAUCUUAUACAAAAAGAAACAAGCUGAAACCGAGGAAACGAUAAGAAAGCUUGAGAAGAAAGUUCAGAUCCUUAUACGUGACUGUCAAGUUAUCAGAGAAACUAAAGAAAAUCAGAUAACAGAACUGAAGAAGAUGUGUGAGCAAAGCAGAGAAUCUCUGAAUAACGAUUGGGAAAAAAAGCUUCACAAUGCAGUAGCAGAAAUGGAAAAGGAAAAAUUUGAGCUUCAGAAGCGACAUACUGAGACUAUUCAGGAAUUGCUGGAGGACACAAACGUGCGGCUGAAUAAAAUGGAGGGCGACUACGCGGCGCAGACACAGUCCACAAACCACAUGAUCAAAGAACUGGAGGGCCGUGUCCAGCAGCUGACGGGGGAGGCAGAGAACAGCAAUUUACAAAGGCAGAAACUGGUUCAAGAAAAAAUGGAGCUUGAGAGAUGCUACCAGAUAACAUGUAGUGAACUCCAGGAGCUAAAGACAAGGCGUAACAUACUACAUAAAGAGAAAGAACAUCUGGCAAAUGAUUAUGAGAAAAAUGUGAAAUUAUUAAAAACCAAAUACGAUUCUGACAUAAACCUCCUAAAACAAGAGCACGCGCUUUCAGCUUCUAAGACAUCUGGUGUGAUUGAAGAGCUAGAACAGAACAUCUGUCAAUUAAAACAGCAGGUCCAGGAGUCAGAGCUUCAGAAGAAACAGCAAGCAAAAGAUCAAGAAAAUAAGUUUCACAUGGAGAGGAACCAUUUAAAACAUACCUAUGAGAAAAAGGUCCAUGAAUUGCAGAGUGAACUUGAUAAAGAGAAAGAAGAUGCUCGGAGGAAGAUCAAUAAAUUUGAGGAAGCUUUGAAGGAGAAGGAGGAACAGCUCUGCCGUGUGACUGAGGUUCAGAGGCUGCAGGCCCAGCAGGCAGACGCUGCCCUGGAGGAGUUUAAGCGGCAGGUAGAAGUGAACUCUGAGAAGGUCUAUGCGGAGAUGAAAGAGCAGAUGGAAAAGGUGGAAGCAGACCUAACUAGAUCCAAGUCUCUUCGCGAGAAGCAGUCCAAGGAGUUUCUGUGGCAGCUAGAAGACGUCAAACAGAGAUAUGAGCAGCAGAUAGUAGAGCUGAAGCUGGAGCAUGAACAGGAGAAGACGCACCUAUUACAGCAGCAUAACGCAGAGAAGGAUAGCCUAGUCCGAGACCAUGAACGGGAAAUUGAAAACCUGGAGAAACAGCUUCGCGCUGCCAAUAUGGAGCACGAAAAUCAAAUUCAAGAGUCCAAGAAACGAGAUGCACAGAUCAUUGCUGACAUGGAGGCCCAGGUCCAUAAGUUGAGGGAAGAGCUGAUUAACGUGAACUCUCAGCGGAAACAGCAGCUGGUAGAACUUGGUCUUCUUCGAGAAGAAGAAAAGCAAAGGGCUGCAAGGGACCAUGAGACCGCUGUCAACAAACUGAAGGCUGAGUCAGAGAGGGUGAGAAUGGAGCUGAAAAAGACGCAUGCCGCAGAGACUGAGAUGACCCUGGAGAAGGUAACAAUCUGGAGUGGGGAGGAAGACUGCUGUGGGGACUGUUGGAGAAGGUCAUGAAGAACCUAGUGUCUUGCUAUAGCCCAUUCUCAGUGUGGCCAUUCCAUCGAGGUGUUAAAGGUCACUGCCUCAGUGGACACUAUUUUUCAGGUAAUGAGGAAAAGGAGUGAAAAAAUGAGGAAACGAGUCAUUCCUUUUAAGGAAGUGCUCUGGAGGUCCCUACAUAGUUCUCCUACGCCCAGCAGAGGAAGCACGGUCCUGUUGGCCUGCACACUGCUAAAAGGCAGAAAGAAAGUAUCAUCGGGAAGAGAGAGGAGGGAACGGGAGGGUUCCAAAGGGAGGAAAUGAAGACAGCAGCUUACAAGCACACUCUGCACACUCAUGCCUUUGUUGUAUUCAGUCCAGGUCAGUUAGGACGAAGCAGUGUACAAAACAGAAGACUCAUGUCAGAAUCCAACCUAACAUGAAGGUUGGCUGGACGCUGUGAUCUGUAUUUAGAUAGGGAACAUAUAAACCAUUUAAAUGGCACAGCCAGAUUUCACUUCACUGAGGUAAAGUUGCUACGGGCCAUGGCAGUGUCUGGAUGAAGGGAUCACUAGUACCUGAGCAGUCAGUGUGAAGACUCCCAAGGCAGAAAGCAGAACUGCUGUGGCUAAGGAGCAGCUUGGAAGAAGUGUGUUGUGCAAGUAGAAAGGAGUAAUUGAGAGGAGAUGCCACCAGAGUCCCAGAGCUCCAAUCUAUGCGACACAAAGACAAUAAAGGAAGACAUGAGAACCUUUCUCUUUGAAGGGAAAGCCUAGUUGUCAGAGAGCAAAGUAUGACGUCAGCUAAAAAGCUACCUUGGGUGUCCGGGUGAGAAGUAACUGGCUGAGACCAGAGUGUGACAGGAGGUGGUCGAAUUUUGGAUGUGUUUUGAAGUUAAUCAUGGUAUAGUGAAGGACAUGGAAUGGAGAAGUAACCCACAGAGAGACCCACACACAUAAAAAUGUGGAAGGAAGCAUGGAGCUUAUAGUAUGAUUGGAUGACCCUGUGGGUGAUUUUUGAAUUGUAUUUUCUGUAUUUCUAAAUUCUCUGUAUUAA